ACCCUUCCGCCUACUGGGGGAUGCCAUUAUUGUUCCUACAUUGCUGACCAUGUGCUGCCAGUUCUUUGAGAUCAGUCCUCUGCCCAUCCAGCAGCUCCAGAUAAUUGUUUUGAUGUAUUGCUAUAUGGAUGGGAUUUGCAUGCCCUUCAGUCCUGCUGAUACAAAAUGCCUUUAAGAUCCUGCCUUUACCAUCCUAAUCUACAAAGGAAACAGGAAAAAGGAACUUAAACUCCCUGUACUCAGACAGCAAUGAGACUGUUCCAGCUUGCUCCAGCACUGCACUUUCUUGCCUGUGACUUGUAAACAAGAUUCAGCGUACCAUGCAAAGGAAGAGUAACCAGUAAACCUUCUACCCCAGUAAAAGGAUACUCCUAACUCCAUGAGCUGCUGUAAAAACUGGAUGGAUAUAUUUUGGAAAUCAUGGAUGCUUUAGCACAUUUAGCUCUCUAUGGAUUCAGCCUGAUGAUUUCUGGUAAAGUGGAAGCAGCACUGGACCUGAUACUGAUCAAUUCAUUCCCUCUGGUGGGCAACUCAGAGACCUCACUUAUCUGUAUUGCUUCCAAAUGGCAUUCCAGUGAGCCUAUCACAAUAGACAGAGAUCAGGCAGAUGUGACAAACCAACACCGAGAGCUGCUGGAAGUUAAUGAAGACUCGAAGAGAACAACCGCCAAAAAAGUGGUGUGGAAAAGGGAACAGGCUAGUGAAACUAUUGGAGUGUACUACUGUGAAGGGAAAGUCAAGGAUGAGGUGACAAGGAUACAUACAAUGAAGAUGCCACUAGGAGCUUCAUUCCAUCCAGUGGCCUUAACUCUUACAGCAAAUAAGGGAGAACAUGUGAAAAUUUCCUUCAUCAGAAUGGCAGCAAAAGAGGAAGAUGCAGUGAUCUACAAAAAUGGUUCUUUCAUUCACUCUGUGCCCAGACACGAAGUGCCGGGUGAACUACAAGUGUCCUAUUCCCAAGUUCAGCCACAGGAUGCAGGGAUUUACUCUGCCAGAUACAUAGGAGGAAACCUCUUUACUUCUGCUUAUACAAGGCUGAUUGUAAGACGUAAGUUUCCAUUAAUGUGUGCUGAUAGUUAAUUCUUUAAAGUUGUUGUAUUGAAUCUAAGAUGAAACCUCUAAUGUGCCCAAAUAAGGGACAAAAAUCUUUGUUGGCAUAAAACACCAUCAGUUUGCAUCAGUAGAAAAUUUUGCCCAAGCAUCUCUGGUACAAGCUGAUGCUGCUUUAAACAGCUGGGAGAUUUAAAAAAAGAAAUCAGAUUUAGGGCCAAUUCAUCUUAACUGUGACCUAGAAGUGCAAAGAAAUAGCAUCUCGGUUUUUCAAACCUCACAUAGGUUUGAACAAAGAACAAGGGACAAGGAAUUCCCUGAAUAUCUGAUGUGGAAUGUAAUCUGAACACAAAAUAAGAAUUUUCAAGUGUCUCCUUUCUCUACAAUGGGCUGAAUCCAAACCACAUUUAUCCUGAGGACAUCAUCUUUGGCUUUCAGUGUUUUCAUUUCAUAAACCACCCCAGUGUGUUCAAAAUUGGUCUAGCUGUUCAAGCUCAUCUCCGAGUGGAUAUGAAGAGCAAGUUUAAAAUGCAGGUAGACAUUUUCCAUUUAGUUCUUUAGAUGUCUUGCAACUCACGCUGUUGUGCCCAUUUUCAUCAGGUGUAAAUAAAAUCCUAGUAACCUGAAUAGAAAUGUAAUCCUGAUAUGUGAAAAUAAAUAGCUCCUCAAAGCUCUUAUAUUAUGCAACAAAUGUUUUCCAUAGUAAACCAUAUUUUAUUUGCAAAUAUUCAAAAGAUAUUUCUGGGAGUUGCAAAUGAAUUAAUGUGAGACCCAACGUUUGGAUUUUGAGGCUAUGUCUCUACUACUCAAUAAAAUGUUCCUAGAUCUGU